AUGUCAGCCCCAUAUCCUACCCCCUUUACCGCAGAGGAAGAGCGCAGUCUCAAAUACAUCGGUCAUCUCGCCGCUGAGCUUUACCUUGAUGACAAUAUCAAAAUCUGCGUGUCGACGGGUUUCAAUGCCGUACACACCAAUAGCCCGUACAGCGCUGGCAUUGUGACAAAGCAAGAUGGCGUUCAUCGCACUCUAUACGGUCGUUUCAUUGGUGUCACGAGAAUGGAGGCGUUGUGUCGCCUUUUGGGUAGGGUUGAGUUGGACAUGUAUUCAGUUAAUGUGCAGGCGGAUAUGUACGAGAGAAAUCAGAUGGCUAGGGCGAAUGAGGAGAAGCAGGAAAUCGGAGAGAAGAGGAAGCGUGUCGAUGGUGGAGGCCAGGAGGACGAUGUUGCCGAGGACGAUAAUAACAGGAAGAAACUCAAGCCGAAGCUCAAAGCUAAGGUGCUUGACACCCCAAGCCGCCACAUGAGAAGCAACAGUGUCAUAAGUUUGAAGAGCGAGGGAGAUGAGCAGGGUAAGACAACUCGGAGCACGAGGGCCACAAGGGCCACGAGGGCGAAGAAGAUUGAGGAGGACAUUAUCCAAGAGGAUGAUGGAGAGGAGUAG